AAGAGAAGGGAUAGCAUACUUUCUGUCCUCUCGUGGCUUAUCGUCCUCGUCCCCCACCUUCUCUCUCUAGUUCACUCUUUCUCUCUCCUCUCAACGGUUCGUUCUGUGAGGAGAGACGUCAGUAUAUAAGCGCACGAAGUGUAUGAACUUGAUUUUAGCAACAAGAUUAACUUAACAAAAGAGCAUGGAAGAGGAACAGGCAAAGGAGGUUGUAGAACUAGUGGAUUCUUAUGUUGGUUUGGAAGAGGAAGGUGAUGCAUGCUGUGUUGUAGAGGAUGUUGAAGCUUCUAUGGAUCUGGAUGAUGAAAAAAGGGAAGAUUCUUUGAAUUUUGAAUAUUCUAAUCAUCUAGGUGGUGGACUUAUGGAGCCAACCUUGGACAUGGAAUUCAUUUCUGAGGACGAUGCAAGGAAUUUCUACAAUUCGUAUGCUAAACAAACGGGGUUUAGCAUUCGUGUGAACUCUUAUUACCGUUCAAAAAAAGAUAACUCAAUAAUUUCUCGUGAGUUUUGUUGUUCUAAAGAAGGUUUUCGCCGUGACAAGCGUGCAAAAAAGAUAGACUCGGGAAAUAAUACUAAAAGGAGGUGUGCCCGGCCAAUCACAAGGGAAGGUUGCAAGGCACUGAUGACUGUGAGGAGACGGGACAAUGGGAAGUGGUAUGUAGCAAAAUUGGAAAAAAACCAUAAUCAUGAGCUAGUGACUCCAGCAAUGCGGCAUUUUCUCCGAUCUCACAGGCAGGAAGCUGAUUCAAAUAAAAGUUUGAGAAACUCAUUUAGUCCCCCUGGAAUGGACUCAAGUACUAGCAUGAAUAUCUUAACCGAAGAUUAUGACAGUUUUGGCAAGAUGGUAUAUACACCACAGAAUCAUGUCAACUAUAUUGGAAGAGGAAGGCUAAGCACUUUUGGUAUAGAUGCCCAAAGUCUUCUGGGUUUUUUCAAGAUUAUGCAAGCAAGUGAUCCUGCAUUUUAUUAUGCAAUUCAAGUUGACGAAGAAGACAGGCUAAGUAGUGUCUUUUGGGUUGAUACGAGGUCAAGGAUUGCUUAUAAUUGUUUCUCUGAUGUAGUAGCGUUUGAUACAACUUACCAAGUGAAUCAGUAUAAAAUGCCCUUUGCACCAUUUACUGGAGUAAAUCAUCAUAAACAGUCUGUGUUGUUUGGCUGUGCAUUGCUUGCAGAUGAGUCAGAAUCCACAUUCAUUUGGCUAUUUACAACUUGGCUUGAAGCAAUGUCUGGACUGCAACCAGGCUUAAUAAUAACUGAUUAUGAUGCAGCCAUAAGCAAAGCAGCACAGAGGGUCUUCUCUGAAUCAAGCCACUGCUAUUGCAAGUGUCACAUCAUGAGCAAAAUGGCAAAGGAAAUGGGACACACAUAUAGCGCACUUCCGAAGACAUUUCAAAUGGAACUUGAUAAAUGCAUUAAUAAGAGCGAGACACCUGAAGACUUUGAAUCUGCCUGGGAUUUGCUUCUUGAUAAAUACAACCUCAGAGGAAAUGAAUGGCUUCAAUCUCUUUAUAUUGAUCGCAAGCUUUGGGUUCCAAUAUACAUAAGAAACACGUUUUUUGCAGGAAUGUAUGCUACCCAGCGAAGUGGAAGUGUGAAUUCUCUUUUUGAUGGCUAUGUGAAUGCAAGAACAACCUUACAAGAUUUUGCUGAACAGUAUCAGAAGGCCUUGGAUGAUCGAUAUGAAAAAGAAGCAAAGGCCGAGUUUGAAACAUUUUACACCAAACCAAUUUUAAAGACGCCACUUCCUAUAGAAAAACAAGCAGCAGAAGUUUACACAAGGAAAAUGUUCACCAUAUUCCAGGAUGAAAUUUUUGAAUCUCUUGUUCUUGCUGUGAAAUUAAGUAGAGAUAAUGGAGAAACCAGCACAUACGAGGUAGCAAGAUUUGAUGAAGGACAUAAAUUGUACUUUGUUGAUUUUAAUCUUUCUGUGCAAAGAGCAAGUUGUAGUUGUAAGAAGUUUCAGUUUGAAGGAAUCCUCUGCAGGCAUGUAGUAGCAGUAUUUAAGGCAACAAAUAUUUUUAUGCUUCCACCAUAUUAUAUAUUGAAGCGAUGGACCAGAAGUGCAAAGGAUGAGGUCAUGUUGGAUGUACUACCCUGUGUUGAGAUGCAAGGUAAUUCCCAAAGAGGCAAGAACUCGCUAUACAAUAUCUUGUAUCAAGAAGCCAUUAAAUGCGUGGAGGAAGGCAUGGCAUCCGACCACAGUUUUAAGGUCGCUAUAAGUGCCUUGAGAGAGGCUAGGAUCAAAAUUCUUGGUGCAAAGAAAAUUCCCAUCAAUAACCCGAAGGUUGAAACUGUGGCCAGCACAAGCCAUCAAGAUGAGAACAACACAACUGGAAGUCAAGUAGACAGUUCUCCAAUUCUGGUAACUUCGCUUGAUCCCCAUACAACUCAAACAAGAGGAUCUUCAACUGAAAAUAAUAUAUCAUACCCCGGAGUUUUCAUCAAGCAAAGCUAGGCUAUGCUCAAGAUGUAAUUGCUCAUGAUAGGAUCGUGGGAGUUGCUCUUUUGGGCCCAAACACUAUUGUGGAGGACCAUCAGAACUAGAACUUUUCUACUUAGCAACUCCAUUUGGGACGGGAGUCAACAUUCCUCCAAACUGAAGGUCUUCCCAUUGAUGUUUGUUGAUCAUGUCAGCCUCUUUCUAUAAGUGCUGAUAUUUGGUUUUGAUAGCCUGUAGCACUAUUUUUGGAAGAGUCAUCUUUGCCUUAAUAAGCACUGCAAAACCUGUUUGUAAGUGGUUGAGCUAUUAUUUAUUUUAUUUUUAAUUAUUAUUAUUAUUUUUUUGGUCAAGUAUGUUGAGUAAGUCAAUGAGUUUUAUUUCGCGAUCUGUAUGAAGACUUCAGUGAAGAAUAUGAUCAGCUCAUCAUGAAGAUUUCUCAAGAUCAAAUGGUAAGGUAUAUGGUGAGUAAGUGCAUAAACACAUUAGGUUAAUAAAAUUGUAUUGAGCUGACCAUACACCUAGAUUAUGGGGUCUAUUGGAAACUAGGUGUUUUAAUAUGUUUUUGGACUUAAAGGCGUGAUGGGAUCGAUCCCUCAAUUAUAUAGUGAUCGAUCGACGCACAUUGAAGUUUGAGGGAUUGAUCCCUCCCUCCUAGUGAGCAGUUGAUCGCUCCCAGUCCAAUGAGCUGCCAAGUUAGAAAAGGCUUUUAAAACCUAUUUUGAUCGAAAUUAGGGUUCCAAAACCUUGUUUAAAGCCUGUAAAGGAUUUAUACACAUAAAAACUUGGACAUGAAAAAUUGUACACAGAUUCUCAAUUACACUUUUUUAGUUCUCACAGUUAUGCUUGUUAAUACACACAUUUCAUGAGUUUGAGUGUUCUCUUUACCAGACAUGCCCUUUGUGGUUUGGGUGAACUUUGCUUUGUUUGUGGUUGGACACACACUUCUGUGAAAAGGGACGAGACAAUGGGUCUGGUUUAUUGUUGUUGAUGGUCAUGGCAGUAUUGGAACUGUUGUUUUCGUUGGUGGGUCUGAAACUCUGAGCUGGGCACUGCAGUAUGGUGUUUGGUGCGGGUGAAGGCUGUGGGGGUGUGUAUUAGUGUUGGGAAAGCAGAGGCGGGGUUCAGGAGGAGGGUGGAAAAGGCGAGAAGUUAUGGAUUGGGGAUCUCCAUCCUCUCUAGUAAAAGCUUUUGUAUUGUAGUUUGCUGAGCAUAUAUGAAGUAAAGGUGGUGCAGUGCUGCAUCCUAGCAGUAAAUGUGUUGUUUUGAGUGUUGCAUUGAUGAUCACUGGUGUUGCAUCCUCAAAGUAAUGAUGUUGCAAUUUGGAUUCUCGUAAUAAUGGUGUUGCACUUGUAGAGGUAGCAACAGGUGGUGGGUGAGAGGAUUCUGAAUUUGUUAUUCCCUAUAUAUAUAUUUUUUAAAUGUAAUUUACACAUGUUUAUGUUUUUAUUUGUUAUGACGAUCUUUUUUGUUCAUAGCC